AUGAAGACAAGGAGAAUGAGGAGCAAUGAUUAUUUUGCCCUAGUAGUGUUUCAUCCCAGCUGGACACACCACACUGGCCCGGCUGGCUGUCCUGUGUCUGCUAAGAAGGACACAUUUAUAACCCGCUGUGCUACACGUGAGGGGCAGCAGGCGGCGCAGACACACGCACACACACACCACCAUGCCCAGGAGAGGAGGAUUUGCCCCCAGAGCGCCGCCACGUGCGGCUCCACCACCACCACCACCCCGCGCUGCCCCGGCCCCACCACCCCCGGCAGCAGCUCCCCACCACCCGCUGCUGCUGCACCCAAACAGCCUGGCCUCUUUGCCCAGAUGGCGGCCACAGCGGGAGGCGUUGCUGUGGGCUCGGCUGUGGGUCAUGUAGUCGGACACGCCAUCACUGGGGGAGGCAGCAGCGGCAGCUCGGAGCCCCAGCAGGCCGCCCCCGCCCCCGCCCCCGCCCAACAGCAGUACCCACAGCAGUAUCCGCAGUACCAGGGAUAUCCGCAGCAGGGAGGGCCGUCGGAGCCUCAAGGUCCAUGUGCCUGGGAGAUCAAGCAGUUCCUUCAGUGUGCCCAGACCCAAUCCGACGUGUCUGUCUGUGAGGGAUUCAACGAGGCGCUGCGGCAGUGUAGGAACCAGCACUCCCAGGCGAUGGUGUAGAGCGUAGAGUGCCAGCUGCCCAGGGUGCCACGUGGAGGAGGGCCGUGGUAGUAGUGCCGGCCUUGAGGUGGACCGAACAGCAGUGUUAAGUUAAUUGUUCUCUAAUUUUAUUCCUCUGUACAGCAUCUCUCUUCCAGUAAAAUAUUUUAAUUAA